AUGGAAUCGUGAAUUCCACCAUUCAUUUUUCUGUACCACGACUAUGCUCUUCUUCCCUCUUCAUCAACUCCAUUCUCCUGCUCCCUGAAAUAUCUCGAGGACAAGACGAAGGAGCCUGACCAUGAUGUGGAAGCAAGCUGGCCCUUCUCGGCAAAUCUUGACGCGAUGCUUUCACGCCACAGCUUCCAACGCUUCUCACAUUGGGAUCCUGCCUGUACCUGUCCCUCCCUCGGUUUCGCUCACUCUGCCGCCAUUGUCCAUCCCCCCCGAUUCUCCCAUCACUUCGGAAACAGGGAAUCGUGUUUUGACCGUCGCUGGUCCAUUAGGGACACAAUUUGUCCUCGUUCAUCCUCCAGUGAUAUUACGCCCGCCGUCAGCAGAGACACCAAAUAUCGGUGUGUCUGUACAUGACCCCAAACUCCCGCAACACCGGAGCCUCUGGGGAUUUACCAGGUCUAUGAUCAACAAUGCAGUUGUCGGCGUAUCUGAAGGAUAUAAAUUGGACAUUCGCUUGGUCGGAGUUGGAUACCGAGCUUCGAUGGAACCCAUCCCUCCAGUAUUUCUCGACAUGAUGAAGCGAUUACCUCCGAAGGUUCGAGCGCUGAAACCUGGUUCACCACCUCCUGUACCAAGAUCCUUGCCCACACACCGCCUCAACCUGAAGCUUGGAUACUCACAUCCAGUCCUCAUUGAUAUUCCCUCCGACAUCAAAGUCGAAAUCACAGCCCCGACGACAAUGGUUUUAUCUGGGACGGACAAGAACCAAUUAGGGUUGUUUGCAGCUACAAUCAGGCGGAAGCGCAAGCCAGAGCCAUACCGCGGAAAGGGUAUUUUUGUUGGCGGCGAGACCAUCAAACUGAAAGAAGUGAAGAAGAAGUAGUAGUAGUAGUAGUAGUA